CAAAUUUUAGCAGAAAUAAUUAUUUGAACAAGUGAAAAAUCAUUAAUUAUAGUGAAAAUGGGGGAUAUGUUUAGAGAAAUUCUCAAUAUUGAGCAACCACCGACUCCGGAGCUCACGAAAGAAUCGUUAAUGACGAAAAAGAAAGGAGCUAAUGAGAAAACAAGAAUGUCAAGAAGACCUGAAGGCAUGCACAGAGAAGUAUUUGCUUUGCUCUAUAAAGAUAGUAAAGAUGCUCCUCCGCUACUUCCAACAGAUUCAGGCCUUGGAUAUAAGCAAAAUAAGGCACGAUUGGGAAUGAAAAAGGUCCGUAAAUGGGAAUGGACAAGAUUUACAAAUGCAGCACGCUCAGACGGCGUUCAAUUCUGUCAUUGGCAGCGAGCUAGUGACGAACCAAAAGAAUAUCCUUUUGCAAAACUUAAUCGUCAACUCAGUAUUCCUACAUAUAAUUUAAAUGAAUAUAAUACACAUCUAAGAAUGAAUACAAAAUGGAACAAGUCACAGACAGACUACCUUUUUGAAUUAGCACAACGAUUUGAUACACGAUUCGUAACAAUGACUGAUAGAUGGGAUCGCGACAAGUACGGAAUCAAGACAGUUGAAGAUUUAAAGGAACGAUAUUAUGAAGUGAUUGGAACUCUUCAGAAAAUAAGGCAAGGAGCAGCAAAUAACGAGAAGAAAAUUUAUGUAUUUGAUGCUGAACAUGAAAGGAAGCGAAAAGAGCAAUUAAAGAAGCUUUUUGAUCGAACACAGGCACAGAUUGAAGAGGAAACAAUGUUACAGAAUGAAAUGCGUAAAAUUGAAGCCCGCAAAAAAGAACGAGAAAAGAAAACUCAAGAUUUACAGAAAUUAAUCUCACAAGCUGAUAAACAGGAUGAACAGGCAACAUUAACGACACCACAAGCAAGGAAACAAGAGAAGAAACUGAAUCGUAAGAAAGUUCCAGUACAGCAAAAGAUUAAUAAAGCUGAUGUAGUGACAUCAAUGGAAACAGCAGCCAUUCGAUUUGGUGAAGGCGUUAAUAAAGGAACUGGGAUUGCUAUGCGUUCACAAAAGAUGAAAUUACCAGCAAAUUUUGGACAGAAAAGAACAAAAGCAUUGGAACAGAUUCUCUCAGAAUUUAAAGUUGAUCAAAAUCCACCAGCUACAGAAGAAAUUUGUACAGCAUUUAAUGAUCUUCGAUCGGAUAUGAUUUUACUGCAUGAGAUAAGAAGCACACUUUCAUCCAGUGAAUUUGAACUCGAAACAUUAAAGCAAGUUGCUGAAAUUAAACAAGAAAUCGCUGAUUAAAAAUUAUAAUUUGAGAGCAAGGUAAAUAACGAUUUUUGAUUGAUAGAAGAUUUACAUUCAAUGACAUGAAUCCGUUUAAAAUAAAAAUGUUUAAUUCAUUUUGCUGCUUACAUCCAAAAAUAAAA